AUUAUACCAUUUUCCACUGAUGGCAAUAGCCCUAGUACCGGUGCAGUGUACUCUAUGCGUCAUGCUCAUUCUCCGCUCCCGCCAAACAGUAGACAAAGAUGGAAAUCGCAAGACAAGGUCCGCAACCGCCUCUAUCCUCAGAUACAGCGUCUGGGCGCUGUACACUCUGCACGCCUCCCUGCACAUUGCUCACGAAGUGAAUAAAGACGUUGCAAGUCAAGCCACACUUGUCAAUUGGGCAGACGCGCGAGGGUGGUCGAAACUUUCCGACCGGUCUGCAAUAGUACCGCAAUAUGAGUUUCCCAGAAUUAAAUGUCCGAUAUCCGGGAGUUGUUAGCAUGUGAGAUGACUUGAGUUCUACGGGUGGAGCGGGUGGGCUGCGACUGAUUGUGGAAUAGUACCCCGCAGAGGAUAUUAGAAA